GCGCGCGUUCGAACAUCUUCACGCCACUAUCACAGGCAGGGGCGUACACCAUGAGACGGAAGUGGCACAAGCAGAGGAAGAAAAUAAAGAUGAGAUCAGGAGAGGAGGUAGUAACCUGAAAGUGAACCUACCACCCGAGCUAGCCUCCAUCAAAAAGCUAGUAUGGGACUGGAUGAGGACGAACCUACUUCUGUCCCUCACCGUCCUGGGAGUCCUGCUCGGUUUGUUCUUCGGCUUCCUCGGGAGGUUGGGCAACUUCUCGGAAGGAACCAUUCAGCUCAUAUCAUUCCCCGGCGAAAUACUCAUGCGACUCCUCAAAAUGUUCAUCUUACCUCUAAUCAUCUCAUCACUCAUUGCAGGUAUGGCUCAACUGGACGCACGCUCCUCGACGAGGAUGGGACUCCGGGCCCUGGCUUACUACAUGGUCACAACCAUCCUGGCGGCUAUAGUCGGCAUCAUCAUGGUCCUGAUAGUCCACCCGGGCAACACAGACAUCAAGCAGCACGUCAGCGCAAGGCCGGAUGAGACUAAAGUAUCUACAUUAGAUGCCAUACUCGACAUUAUACGAAAUAUGUUUCCCGAUAAUUUAGUGCAGGCGUGUUUCCAGCAAGUACAAACGACAUAUAAAAAGGUAAAGCCGCUAGUUUUGGCCGAUGAUUCCAACAUGACAUUAUCUCAGAAUUCUUCCUAUGUGAUGAAACAACAACUUGUUUAUAAGGAUGGAACUAAUGUAAUGGGCAUGAUUGUGUUUUGUUUGGCUUUCGGAUUAUUCGCAGGUCAAAUGGGACCAAAAGGAAAAGUUAUAGUGGAUUUCUUCGUUGUAUUAAAUGAAAUUAUUAUGAGCUUAGUAAGCUUUGUUAUGUGGUUCUCUCCGUUUGGUAUAAUGUGUCUCAUUUCUGGCAAAAUAAUGGGAAUAGAAAAUUUAGUAACAACUGCACAACAACUUGGAAUGUACAUGAUCACAGUAAUUUUGGGGCUGUUAGUUCACGCUCUGCUGACUUUACCUGGCAUUUAUUUCUUCUUAACUAGAAAAAAUCCAGCAGUCUUUUUUAGAGGAAUGCUGCAAGCAUGGGUAACGGCCCUAGGAACCGCCUCCAGCUCUGCCACUCUUCCAAUAACUUUCAAGUGCUUGGAAGAAAACAAUGGAAUCGAUACAAGGGUAACAAGAUUUGUAGUGGCAGUAGGUGCAACCGUCAAUAUGGAUGGUACUGCAUUAUAUGAGGCCGUUGCUGCAAUUUUCAUAGCACAAAUGAAUGGUAUUGAGUUAGGAUUGGGAGAAGUAAUAACUGUGAGUCUCACUGCUACUCUAGCUAGCAUAGGUGCUGCAUCCAUCCCUAGUGCAGCCUUGAUAACGAUGUUACUGAUAUUAACAACAUUGGGACUUCCAACAAAUGAUGUUUCGUUGCUAUUUGCAGUUGAUUGGUUAUUGUAAGUGUUUUUUUUAUAACUAUGCUUUGAGUAAAUAUGAUUACUUUCUUUUAGACUUUUGCUGAUUUACAUUUUUGGAUACAUUUCUAAUAAGGAUAGAUGUAUUUUCAAUAAUUAUAACAAAAUCAAUGAAAAUUGAAUUAAUUUUCACUCCAUCUUCUUUAAAAAUUUAUGAGCAUAAUAAAUGAAGGAGUAUAACACUCCUUUAAAAUGAAAGGAAACUGAUCAAAAUAGAUUUAAUGAAUAACAUUGUUUUUUGUACCUUUUAUAAUAAUACAAUAAUCAUUAUUAUCAGGUAUUUAAUCAUAUUAAAAUUAAAUUUGACAGAAUAUGGUUUUAAUCAAUAAAAAGUAUAAGUCAAUAAAAUUGUAAAAUAAAAACAAUGUAAUAGGACAAGAAUCAUAAGUUAUAUGAUAUUUUUAUAAUAAGGAAAAUAACUUCAAAAUAUUAUAUAAAAUAUAUAUUUGAAUAUAUGUUCAAUAUCGAGUAGUAACUUAUAAAAUAUCACAGGUAUAUAAAUAAAUUUUGGUGUUUGGUGAAUUUGCAACUUUAUGUAUCACUAACAUUUUUGGCUAAUACCAGAUUAUUUUUGUUUCUCACUAUCCUUUUAGAUUAAAUUUACUUACCAAUAAAAUAUACUUACCAAUGCAAUGAGUGUUUUUGGGGUAGUUUGGUGUUUUGAUUUUAAUUAUAUAUACAUACAUAUGCUCCAUGGGUAGCAUGAUGGUAAUGAAAGCUUUUUAUGGUAAUAAAAAGGGUUGUAUUAACACAUUGACAAAUUACAUUUUUUCUUGUAUCAAAUUCCAAUCUUGAUCAAUAAAUACAUUUCCAGAAUAAAUUGAUCUAAUAAAACUAUUUGGCUUAUUUUUUUUUCUUUUUGAUGUUUCACUAAAUUGAUUACUAAGGAUAAAAAAAUUAUUAAAAUAUUGCCAAAGUAUACGUUGUUUAAAAUUAUUUUUAAUUUUAUACAAGUUAGAUAAUUUUAAUUUAUCUGAAGUUUUAAAAUCUAACAUACCAUUAUAUGUGUCUUUAUCUAUAUUUUUUGGCUCAAUUUGAAAAUAAAUUUCUGUCCAGUUCAAUGGAAUAUAAACAAAGUAUGGUAAUAACACUGACUGCUCAUCAUGGAGUAUAUUUAAAUAACACAGGGCCAUUGGCAGCUUAUUGUUUUUCUUUCCCUGCCUGAAUGUACCUGAAUUAAUGUUUUCAAUUAAUAGUCUUUUCUUAUUUACACAAUGAAGUCGUAGAAUCCUACCUAUAACUAUAAUUUCACAUCUUUGAUGUCUUAUGUUUUCUUGAACAUUGGGGUAUAUUACCCCAGUAAAACUUUCAAUGAUAUAUUUAACACUUAAACCAACAUCACCAAUUAAGCUAUGCCAGUUACCCCCUAGCCAAUUUUUUCUGAACAAUAUUAUUGCUUGAAUGUCAGCUUUUCUAACGUCUUCUUCUGUUUUGGCAUUAUCAUAAUUAAUAUCAUGUUGUUGAGCUAUUCGAUCAUCUUCAUCAACUGGGGUUCCAUUAUUAAUUUUGUUUCCUGGACCUAUAUAUCUAUGGAAUGGAAGCACAGGCAUCACUAUUAUACAUCACAAAUGGGCACUUCUUCCUAUGGUGGUUAAGGGCAAACUGGCUACAAGGAAACAAACCCUGAAAUAGGAUUUCUUGAGAGAGUGGGGGGAAAGAUUUAUUCAUAAAGAAAAAACAAUUGAUAAAAUUAUUAUAGAUA